AGUCCCUGCUUCACUGAAUUAAGUCUCCUGCAGCACCUUAGUAGGUUACAUCAGACAGAGAGGAGCUCCAGUGGCUAGUCAUUGGGAUGCCUUUAAGAACCCAGCCCUGGGAAGCCCAUGCUGAUAGGAGCUGUCUGUGAGAGGAGAAAUAAAAAAGACCCUCUCCCCCCCAUACACCCUAUUUUUGGAAACACUGGUGUCUCAGUCCACCGGGGUAACUCUUACCCCGUCUGCCCCUGCCAGGGUUUUACCCUCUGUUACCUUCUGGCAGCACCUUACCCCUGGGCUUAACCCCAGCUCCUUCCCCCCCAUCCCUGAUUUUGCCCUUCAGCCCCUAUCCUAACCCUGCUUCCAGCUGCUUGACUCCCGACCAAUGAAUUUUUGCCCCCUGCUCAGAAUCUGGCCAACACCUCCCUCCUCCGAUUUGCCCCCUUUCCUCCUUUUUAACCCCUGUAAAAACAGUCUGCAGAAUCUUAUGGGUAAUAAGGGCAGGGUGAAGGGCAGUGACUUCAGCAGAUGUUACUGAGCGUGCUCAGUUCACGUCAGCAUGCUCAGUGCACCCUAAGUAGCAAAUUCCUACAGGGAGCAGUUUCUGCUCCUCCACAUGGCAGGAAAGUGACUCUGCACAAAGGGCCCCUUUCAGGGACCUGCUGGCGAGUUUGAAGUACAGGGAGGAGGGGCUCCCUGUGUGUCUGUGAGUCCCAGAGCUGCUGUCCUCUUGGAUACUGCUACGGUUCAAACCCCUGUUAGCAGUGUCAGUGGCUGAUCUCCCGAAGGAGAGCAAAGGCCCACGUCAGUGGAGCAGUCACCAGUUCUCCAGGGAGAGGGAAGAUGAUAAAAAGGGAGAGUGGAGAGACUGGAAGGAGCAGCAGGAAGAGAAGUUCCCAGACCUGCCCAGAUCCAUUCACUGCAUUAUCCCGGGCAGACUGACUCUCCUGGGCACAAGGAGAGGAGCUGAGAGAGGAAAAGCCAGUUGCUGACUGCCUGGAAUCGCUGCACUGCUUGUAGAGUGGGGGGACAGGCGCUGCCUUUGGGGACAGUGUCAGAGGGAAUCCCCAAAAGUGGCUUCUCUGGUUCUGCUCUUUUUGCAGCAUUUGGCUCAGAGACACUGUUACAGGGAGAGUUUCAAAGUGUCCCGGUGGGUUCAGUUCUCCUGGGAGGGGGCUGGCCUGGGUGGUAAUAACCUAACUGGGUUUCUUCCCAGCAUGGCAAAGUCCAGAGCGUCUGACUCAAGGGAAAGAGCCUGGGGGGGAAUCGGGGUGCGAAAUGGACUCAAGCCCCUUCUGAAACCUCCCCCAUCGCCCCUCUCACCCCGACAGGCUGAGGAAUCACGUCCAGAUUUCGCUCCAGAUCAACCCAUCUUCCAGGAGAAAGGGAAGGGAAAUGGCUGUGAUGGAGCCAGCUCAGCUGCCGGUGACCUUCGAGGAGGUGGCUGUGUAUUUCACCCAGGGGCAGGGGGCUCUGCUGGACCCCGGUCAGAGAGCCCUCUACAGGGACGUAAUGCAGGAUAACUACGAGACGGUGACCUCGUUGGGGUUUCCCAUUCCCAAGCCUGAGCUAAUCACCCAGAUGGAACGAGGGGAAGAGUUGUGGGUCCCGGAUCUCCAGGCCUGUGAGGAAAGAGAGAUCCCGAGAGGCACCCGCACAGGUGCUAAGAGAGUGAGUGAGAGUGAAGAUGGGAAUCAUCAUGAGGACGUUCCUGGGGAAGUUGAUGGAUCUGUUAUAUGUGGUGGAGGACACAAGGAUCCCACAGCCCAGCAGAGAAAUCCCAAUGAAGAGAAACCCUACCAGUGCCUCGACUAUGGGAAAGGAUUCAUUCUGAGCUCACACCUUGUGACACAUCAGACAAUCCACACUGGAGAGAAACCCCUUCAAUGCUUGGACCGUGGCGAAAGCUUCAUUAAUCGCUCAGACCUGAAUAAUCAUGGGAGAAGCCACACAGACGAGAAACCCUCUCAAUGCCUCCAGUGCUGGAUAUCUUUCUACUCGAAGUCAGCACUGAUUAAACAUCAGAGAACCCACACAGAAGAGAGACCCCAUAAGUGCUUAGACUGUGGGAAAAGUUUCACACAGAAAUCAGGCCUUCUUACACAUCGGAGAAUCCACACAGGAGAGAGACCCCAUAAGUGCUUAGACUGUGGGAAAAGUUUCACACAAAAAUCAGGCCUUCUUACACAUCGGAGAAUCCACACAGGAGAGAGACCCCAUAAGUGCUUAGACUGUGGGAAAAGUUUCACACAGAAAUCAGGCCUUCUUACACAUCAGAGAAUCCACACAGGAGAGAGACCCCAUAAGUGCUUAGACUGUGGGAAAAGUUUCACACAGAAAACAGGCCUUGUUACACAUCAGAGAACCCACACAGGAGAGAGCCCCCAUAAGUGCUUGGACUGUGGGAAAAGUUUCACACAGAAAUCAGGCCUUGUUACACAUCAGAGAAUCCACACAGGAGAGAGACCCCAUAAGUGCUUGGACUGUGGGAAAAGUUUCACAGAGAAAUCAGGCCUUGUUAAACAUGGGAGAAUCCACACAGGAGAGAGACCCCAUAAGUGCUUGGACUGUGGGAAAAGUUUCAUACAGAGAUCUUCCCUUGUUUCACAUCAGGCAGUCCACACAGGAGAGAGACCCCAUAAGUGCUUGGACUGUGGGAAAAGUUUCAUACAGAGAUCUGCCCUUGUUUCACAUCAGGCAACCCACACAGGAGAGGUUCCCUAUAAGUGCUUAGUCUGUGGGAAAAGUUUCACGUGGAGAUCUGCCCUUGUUUCACAUCUGAGAACCCACACAGGAGAGAAACCCCAUAAGUGCUUGGACUGUGGGAAAAGUUUCAUACAGAGAGCUGCCCUUGUUUCACAUCAGGCAACCCACACAGGAGAGAGACCUUAUAAAUGCCUCUGCUGCGGAAAUGGUUUCCUUUGGAAGUCAGCCCUUAUAAGACAUCAGAGAAUCCACACAGGCGAGAGACCUCAUAAGUGCUUAGACUGUGGGAAAAGUUUCACACACAAAUCAGGCCUUGUUAUACAUCAGAAAAUCCACACAGGAGAGAGACCCCAUAAGUGCUUGGACUGUGGGAAAAGUUUCAAGGAUAAAUCAGGCCUUUUUAAACAUCGGAGAAUCCACACAGGAGGGAGACCCCAUAAGUGCUUAGACUGUGGGAAAAGUUUCAUAUGGAGGUCAGGCCUCCUUAAACAUCAGAGAAACCACACGGGAGAGAGACCCCAUAAGUGCUUGGACUGUGGGAAAAGUUUCACAUUGGGAUCAGACCUUAUAAGACAUCAGAGAAUCCACACAGGAGAGAGACCCUAUAAGUGCUUGGACUGUGGCAAAAGUUUCAUAUGGAGGUCAGGCCUCUUUAAACAUCGGAGAAUCCACACGGGAGAGAGACCCCAUAAGUGCUUGGACUGUGGCAAAAGUUUCACAUUGAGAUCAGACCUUAUAAGACAUCAGAGAAUCCACACAGGAGAGAGACCCUAUAAGUGCUUGGACUGUGGCAAAAGUUUCAUAUUGAGAUCAGCCCUCAUUAAUCAUUGGAGAAUCCACACAGGAGAGAGACCCUAUAAGUGCUUGGACUGUGGGAAAAGUUUCACACAGAAAUCAAACCUCAAUAAACAUUGGAGAAUCCACACAGCAUUUAAACUUCCGUGACCCAUGGCCAGAAAGGGUGAAGCAACUUGCAGGCUAAUUGAUCUAGAUUCAACCUUUAGAGACAUGCUUCUAAGAGUGUAAAUGGUAUUUAGGGCCAUUGGAUGUUCUAUAGGCUUGAGCUUUAAAAUGUAAACUUGUAUUCCUAAAGAAUUGGAAGAUGGUAACCGUAGUAGUCUCUGUUUACCUAUAUCUUGUUAGAGGUUAACAAUGUAAUCAGACAGUUCCUCUCUAGGGCUGUAUUCUGUUAACUUGGAGAUCAAAAGGAAAUAUUAACAUUUAGAUAAAAUUUAGGUGUAAUAAUAUCCCUGUCUGCAUGUCUCUUUAAAGUUUGUGGUAAACAGUCCAUGAACUGCUUAAUGGAUAAUCACCUUCUGUUAAUCCCUGUAGUUAAUUGUCGGUGAUAUUUAGGAAAUACAAGGUUAUUUCAAAAGCCUAUUUUUCACCCCAGGACUGCGUGCCAUCGAGAGGCUGCAAAAAUCUGUAUAAAAACUCUUGGGACCUGA